UCUUCAAAAUUACUCAGCACAAAAUGCAGUAAUACUUCAUGUUACCUCCCUGUGCUGUGAACAUCUUCGUUUGAACAUCAUAAAUUGUAUCUGUGAUCAGCUGUGUUUCUCAUCGAAUCCAUUGGUUCAAAAGACACUGUGCAUACCGAGAACGAAGGUCUUUCAAGUGCCAUAAUUUCAACAAUUUUUUAAAAUUGUUUGAAUCUCUAUAUAAGGUUAAAGAUACUUGAUCAAUAAUAUUUAUGGCCAAUUGUACUACAAAACUUGACACCAUGGCAGCAGAUAAACAUGAAACUGAGCUAAAAGUGAUCUCCUGGAAUGUCAAUGGAUUAAAACACACAAAACAAAAGAAUGACCAAAAGUUAAAAGAUUUAAAGAAAGUCUUUGGAGAUUUUGAUAUUGUUCUUCUGCAAGAAACCCACUUGGGUAAAAAAAAGGCAGAUAUUGAAGCUCUGACGGACUCAAUGAAGUCUAUGAACAUAAACAGUGAGUUUGAUUGUGAAGACAUAAUCUUAGAAGAUAAAACUCAUUCAGAACCUGGUGUCAAGCAGGGACCUGUCCUGUAUCAGACACAUUCUGAUUCACAGUCCAGAGGUGUUGCCAUUCUUGUCAAUAAAUCCCACAAUUGUCUAAAGGCAUAUAGUGAGGGUGGAGAUUUUGCCUGGGUUUACAUUGAUAUUGAUAAAAAGAAGUACACAUUUGUAAGUGUUUAUUACCACAAAGAUGAAUCUGGUCUCAUGUUGAGGAUUCACCAAAGCGUUCUAAUACAUGAACCAAAAGCAUGGACAGAGAGCAUACUUGUAAUUGGAGGAGAUUUUAACACAACACUAGAUCCUGAACUCGACCUAGCUAAACCUAACCUAACACACGUUACACGAAGAAAUGAAAUUAAUGAAUUCAUCCAAGAUGUCAAGCUGGUAGAUGUCUGGAGAGAAAAAAAUGGAGGAAAAAAAAUACAGUACACUUACUCGUGUAAAGAUCCUAUAUCUAGACUAGACUAUGUGUUUAUGUUAAAGAGGGAUUAUGAAUAUGUUGUAAACUGUGUAAUACCUGGAGAAAAGAAACAACAGGAAGAAAAGACUGAUGAGGAAGAACAUGUAAAAAAGGAAGAAAAGUUACAACAGGAAGGACAGGAAGAACAGGAAGAAAAUAAAGAACACGACUGGUCCAAAAUAUCUGAUCACUUCCCUGUAUUGCUGACCACAAGAAUCAUAAAAAAUGUAUGAAAGUAAAGCAUUCCUGUAGCUCAGUGGUAAGAGCAUUUUGUUAACAACGCAAGGUUGUGGGUUCGAUCCCACCGGAUUGCAAAUACCUAUGUAAAAUGUAUAGGAUAAAGCAAUGUAAGUCGCUUUGGAUAAAAGCGUCUGCUAAAUGUAAAUGUAAUGUAAAAUGUUUAGAGCAGCGCAGCAUGGUAACUGGGACUGGGGCAUGUUAUUUAGACCUAAUCAAAAUAUUUUAGUGUAUCUAUAAAAUCUCCACCACUGUCAGCCAAACCCCCUCCAUCAGCACCUUCUCCCAGAAUCACCAAUUCACUUUCCCCAGACUUUUGACUCUCACAAACUACAUUUCCCAUCAUCCUUUGUACUCGCCACCUGAUACUCAUCCCAUGUACACUAUAUGUACUCUUGCUUGUAUUUAGUUUGCGGUCAGAUCUGGUUGUAUUUUGUUACCAUUCUAGUUCCGACCCUUUGUUCUCUCGUGGUUUCCUGGUUUUUGCUGAUGUCGUUACUUUGUGGAUGUUUCCUGUUUACCGUGUGGAUCACCUUUCCCUUGUGGAAUAUACCUUUUUGCCUUGGAUUUUUAUUUAACCUUCAUCAUCACAAAGUCUUGUUGUGUCAUUGUCCUUCUGUCCUAUGUGUAGUGUUACAGUAUCCAUUUAAUCUUAUAUUUCUGUUAAAUAUUAAGUAAUUACUUAAGAUUUAUUAAUGUUAAUAUUAUUAAAUAAUUUUAGGCUGAUAUUCCAGUAGAUUUUCAAUAACAUACAUGUUUUAAUAGUUUUAGUAUAAGCCUUGUUGCUUUUAUUUUGUUGGACUAGAAAUUUAAUAUUGUGUGUAAAAUAAUCAAAAUAUUCUUGUAUGUUCCAAGAAAUGUCUUGAUUUUUUUAUUGUAUUGCAUUGUGGGACCAUAGUGCAAGGUGUCAGUCCUUUAAGGUUAAAAGUCCAUAAUGAAGUGUCUUCCUUUGCUUAAAAAUAAUUCCAUUGUGCUACCAAUAGAGGGCAGCCUUGCACUUAAAAGUUUUUAAAUUACUGGCUAUGGUUAUGAAUUAUGUUUGUGUUUUAAGUUCCAAUAAAACAAACAGUGUACACUU